CUCCAGCCCAGAUUACAUCAGCAUGAAUAACAGAUUACCACAGGCGUUAUCAGAGCGAUCAAUGAGUUAUGGAGUGAUCCGUCGGUGCAAUUCAUAAAGCCUGUCAUCGGUUAGAGACUGUCGCGAGCUCUGCCAAGCUGUGUCACUCACUUUCUGCCAAACGUCACUGCUGCUUUCACAGAUGUCAGAAAGAGAGUGGUGGUAAUUCAAUUCUCAAAGAGUUGAAAAUGAUGGAUACAAAGCGUGCUUUGCUGGCAGUGGAGCGUCUGCAGGAGAGGGUGAAGGAGAGGGGAGAGCUGCCCACUGAAGAAAAACUCAGUCUGCUCCAGAGUGUCUUACAGAGUCCCCUAUUCCAUCAGAUACUCCUCAUGCAAGAGACUGGACAACAGCAUCAGCAACAACAGGUUUCUCCCAGAGCAUCGUCUGUGAGCGAUGAUGUGGAUGGUUUGAGCGCAUCCCACCCCUCCUUCACUCUGAGACACAGAGACUCCUACCUUUCGGCCCAACAACGCAGUGACAGCUGUCGAUCCACUAACCAUGUGACUUUUGCCCCCUGCAUCACUGAGGACAUUUCAGUGCUGCAAUCCAUGGCCCAGGGUCGCACUGUGCUUAGAUUUGACCUGGAGAAGGGAGAGAGCGCUUUAGGCAUCAGCAUUAUUGCCGUGGAGACUGAAGACAGUGGUGGUCAAGGUAUCUUCAUACAGGAGAUUCAGUCAGGCUUAGUGGCUUACAGUGAUGGACGUCUUCAUGAGGCUGAUCAGAUUUUAGCAGUGAAUGGGACGCUGUUUGACUCAUCAGUAACACAGGAGCGAGCUGUCAAGGAUCUGCAGGAAGCUGCCCCCAUGGUUACCUUGACUGUAGCCAGAGGACCAAUAGCCAAAUUCAGCCCACCACCACGAAUGAGCCACACUGUUUCUGUCGAAAACCUCUCUGGCCUUGCUGGACAAUUCAGUCCUCGAGAAGUUCAUCUGGUUGAGCUACAGAAUGAUGGAUCGGGUUUGGGCUUUUUCAUUGUGGGCGGGAGGAGUACUGGUACCAUGGUUAAAACCAUCCUACCUGAUGGGGUAGCUGGAAAGGAUGGUAGAUUGCGUAGCGGUGAUCUUCUCCUCAGGAUCGGUGAUGUGGACGUGUCCUCUAUGGGCAGUGAGGAAGUGGCACGUGAGCUCCGUCUUGCUGGCUUCAAAGUUAGACUUCUCAUCGCCAGGGAAACCACUGAUGUUGACCUUUCACCCCCAAUCUCUCAGCAACAGGACACACAGGAUUUAGUAGAGCAAAAGGAAAAAUCAUUCAGUGUGGAAUUCACUAAUUGCAAGAACAAUUUUGACACCAAAUCAACAGACAACCUGACUGCAGAGUCCAGUGGGUUUGAAGUGAAGAGCAUACUAAAGGGAUUUACAGUGGAUCAGGAUGGACAAAUUCACAUUGGAGAUCACAUCAUUUCUGUGGAUGGUCAGAGUCUUCGUGACAGCAGUGAACAGAAAGUGGAAGAAAUUCUGCACUUUUCUGGCCAGCAUGAGGAUACAUCUCUUCUGAGAAAGGGCUCGCAAUAUGAAACUCAAACAACGCCUACAACAUCCACGAACUCCCAGAGACCUUUGACCCCAUUGGGUCUCCUGCCCCCUCCAUCGCCCCCAUGCCUACCAGUGUCAAAGCCAGUUCUGCCCCCGGGGAAAGUUCUCUAUACUGAACGCUGGGACCUCAACUUCAACAAAGAGCGCACGGCCAGACUAUCUGUGGAAGAGGAGGCAACACUGAAGAAGAAGUGGCAAAGCAGACUGGGCCCUCAAUAUGAAGUCACGGUGGUCCAGGUCCAGAAGUUCAGUGAGAGCAGUGGUCUUGGUGUGAGUCUGGAGGAUAAGGAAGGUCAUCAUUAUAUAUGCUCUAUACUGCCCGAGGGUCCAGUGGGACAGACAGGAGUCAUACACCCUGGAGAUGAGCUGCUAGAGGUGAACGGGGUCUCACUGAUUGGUGUGUCACAUAAGGAAGUGGUGAGCUUGCUGAAGGAGCUUCCUGUGAUCGUUUGUGUGGCAUGUAGUCGUCUCAUCCCACCCACUCUCGAUGAUGAAGAUGAUGAUGAUGAUGAUGUACAACUCAGCCUCAUGGAGCUACUGGCUGAAUUUAGUGAAAAGGUUUCCUGUGUCCUAAUCAUGGCCAAGCAGAAUUCGUGGGGUGGUUUUGGUGCCCACAAAGAUGAUCAUGGGGAGGUCGAGGCUCAUGUGCUGUCCCAUCAGGCCAUGUGGCAAAACGAGAUUCAAGUAUAUGAGCUGCAGAAAGGAGAUUCUGGCCUGGGAUUCAGCAUACUAGACUACCAGGACCCUGUGAACUCAGGGCAGACUGUGAUAGUGAUCCGCUCCCUUGUAGCAGGCGGUUUGGCAGAGAGAGAUGGUCGCUUGUUGCCAGGCGACCGGCUGAUGUUCGUCAACGGGACUGACAUGAGUCACACGAGUCUGGCUCAGGCUGUUCAGGUCCUGAAAAGCACUGGUUUGGGCACCGUAUGCAUUGGAGUCUCCAAACCCUUACUAGAAAAUGACACGCAGGACUCAGGAGCUGAUGUAACAGGCAACUGCCUCUCGGCACAUAACAGCCAGCGAGGCACUCUGCAGAGAAACACCCACUCUCAAAACAGCAAGAUGGACGCUGGUUGUAACCCCAUUUCUGCACACUCCAGUGGCUAUGAGAGAACCAUAACUGUAGUCAGGCAAAACUCCAGUCUGGGUAUGUUAGCCCUGUUUAUUACACUCAUUCUGCCAUUCUGUUUAUACAUUUUCAGCAUGUUCAUGGAUAGAGAGGUGAACUCUUUGAGAGACCUUUAAAAGUGUCUUUAAGAGUGUGUAAUAAAAGCUGUACGUGCAUGCGUGUGUGUGUGUGUGUGUGUGUGUGUGUGUGUGUGUGUGUGGUCAGCUCAACACUGGAUCUUUACCACACAUCACAAACCUUCCCAAAGAAUAAACUGUAUACUGAAACUAAUAUGCAAAAUUGUGUAUGUAAUUGAAGAUUUCAUGGUGUGUGAUCUUCAAAAGUGUUUGAGGUCAAUGAGGAAAAAGGUUUUUAUUUAUACGUCAUUAAAUAUACAGGAAGUAUUCUUCAGGGUGAUACAGCAAAAACUAGUUCACAUAAUGUUCUACCCAUAUUUCUUUUUUCAUACUUUAUAAUUUCAUAUUUUUUUUUUUUUUAAAUGUUACUUUAAAUAUUUUGCUUAGCGGAUAUUUUGUAUUAGAUAAUGUUCGCUAACUGGCACGUUCAUUAGUUUGGAUGUAUGUUCAAUUUUAAACACUGUAUGUUUUAUCAACUAGUGAUUUCUUAAAGACCCCAUGAAAUCACUUGACGAGCACAGUUUAGGGGAGGGACUUUCUCAUUCUAGAGAGCAACUGAUUGGACGAAAAUCUACAGUGCAAGAUGAGUCAUCAGUAUUUCUCAGAAGAGAAAGGCUGUAGAUUUGAAAUGCGUAUAUCUGCUAAAGGUUCAUUUUGGCAACUUUUUUGUAGCCUGGGUAGCUCAGCGAAUAAAUACGCUGACUACCACCACCGGGGUCACGUGUUCGAGUCCAGGGCGUGCUGAGUGACUCCAGCCAGGUCUCCUAAGCAACCAAAUUGGCCCGGUUGCUAGGGAGGGUAGAGUCACAUGGGGUAACCCAUGUGACUCGUGGUUGCUAUAAUGUGGUUCUUGCUCUCGGUGGGGCGCGUUGUGAGUUGUGUGUGGAUGCCGCGGAGAAUAGCGUGAAGCCUCCACACGCGGCACGUCUCAGCGGUAACAUGCUCAACAAGCCACGUGAUAAGAUGUGCGGAUUGACGGUCUCAGACGUGGAGGCAACUGAGAUUCGUCCUCCGCCACCCGGAUUGAGGCGAGUCACUACGCCACCACGAGGACUUAAGAGCGCAUUGGGAAUUGGCUGUUCCAAAUUGGGGUUAAAAAAAUGUACUUUUAGAAGUACACUAGCAUAAAGGGCUUGAACAGACGUGGACUAAAAGACACAAAACUCCAAUUUUGAUUUCAUGGGGUCUUGCUUAUUCGGACUAUACACAAUGCAGUAUGUACUGUAUAUAACUGUGCCAUCUCACUGGCCUUGUGUCUUUUCUUGUACACUCAAAGCCAUUUGGCACAGAAGCACUUCAUAUAUUAUUUCCGUGAAGAUUAUUUACAUCAUAGCUUACCAUUAAACCUUGAUCUUUCUAUGUGCUCAGGUAUUCAUUCAGUUUAAUAUUCAUCAAAUUUGAGAAAAAGGCCUAACCAAGUGUUGUUUAAUUCAUCAAUCUCAGCAUGAUUCUUUUUAAAUCGAUGUUACAGCAUGUCAAUGAUUUAUGUUGUAAGUCAGUUAUCUCUGACAGAUGACAUAGAGAAUAUAAUAUAUCGUGAUGUGUCUCUGAUUGUGUCUUUUGUUCUGGUGUCCUGUUGUGUCAUCUAUGUCCCGUGCUGUACAUGUUCAGAUCUGCACUGCUGAAUUUGUGCACAAUGAUUGUACUGUAAUUUGACUGUUCACAAAGGAACACAAAGGAAAAUAAAACAA